UAUUGGAAUUUGACCACAAGAAUAAUACUCUCGUACUGAGGAUAAGCAACAAAUAAAGAGGAGAGGAAAAUGUCCCACAACACCCCCGACCUCUCCUCCGUCCUAGCAACCCUCUCAGCAUUAUCUCAAUCAUCACAAGGUCAAGCUCAAGCUCAAGCUCAAGUUCACCCACCACCAUAUACCUCCAACAAGAACACCCAAAAUGGCCCAGAAGACGACACAGACACCUACGAACCCUCUGAAACAAUCAUCCCCCUAACCCCCUCCCCAAACAUCCCCCACCCCAAACCCCAAGCACAACCCCAGCACCAAAAACCACCCACCUUCCACCUCCCCAACACCUCCACAAUCACCACCUGGCCCCCCGCCUUGAAAAGCAUCAUGCGUACCCUCUCUACCAACGAAGAUCUGCAGCGGAAAAUCCGCUUCCUGAUUCAGCGCCAGCAUGAUCAUGAACGGCAGUGGUGGACGGGGAGGGAGGCGCUGGUGAGGAAGCAGAAGGCUAGGGUGGAGAAGAAGAAGGAGUUGGAUGCUGUUUUACGGUCUGUGGGCGCGCCGGUUGAUGAGAAGGAAGUUUCUACGGCCGAAGAAGAUCGCGCUGAGUUGACCAACUAUGAUCUGAAGGUCUACAAGGCGUCGAAGCAGAUGGCCGAUGCCAUGAUGGGGGAGCUGCGGGCCUUGCAGAUUCCGUUUUUCAGCAUUAAAUCGAGUCUGAUCUUGGACUCGGCGGGGUCAACUCAUCCUCCUGGGAUCGGGAGGGAUGAACUGGCGGUUCUACGACGGAGGAUGCUGGAAUUGUUGCAGGAUUUCUGUAAGGAGUGAUUGGCAUGUUCCGGGUCCUUUGGGAGAAAGAGGAAUAGGUCAUGCUCUGGAUUUAUGAUUAUGGAUAUGAUUAUAUACACCGAUUCU